AUGGCAGAGGAUGCAUCAGAGCGUCUCCCCUCUCUCGGUCCGACGGUCCCCACCUUGGUGCCCUCGUCUUUUUCCUCCCGGCCCUUCAACCGCAAAGCUGAGCUCCUCUCCUACUUGAUCCUGUGCGUUGCCAAAAUGCCGUUCAUCCCGUCGCCCGCGUCGGGGCCGACCGCCAGGGAGAGGCCCGCCGGCAACGCUGCGUCCGCAACUGCCUUCCCCAGGGGCCCGAGGGGGGACAGAGGCGGGGGCGCGAGGGAGCGACUCGCUUCCGACCUCAAGCAGUUGGCUAAGAAGAGCCAGCCCAGGAGUUUUCUGCCACCCGCCAAAGCGGCGUCGGGGUCAGAGCUGCACGCCAAGGGGAGGGGGGGACCGCCGGCCCCGUCACAGACGGACGGCUUCCCGGCCCGCGGGCCCGAGGCGCGGCGCCGCAACCACGUGAGCCGGGGGGGCCCCGCGGAGAGCGAAGCCGAGGCCAAGGCCGAGGAGGAGGUCCGCUUCACACUGGCUCUCACGCCCGAGGCCGUUCUGCUGCUGCUGCGGCGCGGGAACAGCGAGAGGCGGCAACCCGGCGCAGCGGGCGCUUGUGGGAGCUCGUCGGAUCCCAGGCGCCCUAGAAAGGCCCAGCCGGCGACACAGAGACGCGGCGCCCAGCCGGGGGACAUAAGCUCCAUCGUGAAAGUCUCCCUCCUGAACGAGCGCCACAAGUACGACGACGUGGAGUACGAGGAGGAGGAGGAGGAGGAGCGGCAGCGCGGCGCGGACGAGCACGUGGUGAUGAAGUGCACCGAGUGGCUGCGCGGGCUGGAGAGCGCGGCGGGGGGACACUGA